CAUGUUUUGUUUGGAAUUAGCACAAGCAGCAUCACAAAGGAAAUCCCCUCAUCAUCUGGGUGUGAACUAAUUGCUCCAGACAAGUCUUCAUUUCUAAUCCUGUACCAUGUGAUGCAUAUCUGUCAAUGUCUCAGCCUCACUUUCAGAAGGGAUUUGGAGGAAUACACAGCAGAAUAACUCUUCUCCUUUUACUCUUACCUGAAUAAUUCCAAAGUUCGUUGGAUUGUUGUCACAUUUAUGGAUUUGUAGAGGAAAAAGGAGACCCAAAUAAAACAUCUUCAUGUAGGUUAAAAAAAACAGGUUAAUAUUUGGGGAGUUACAGAAAAUCUUCCCAUUAUGGGUCAGCGGCUGAGCGAGGAAAGCGACCCAGACAAGGAGAUCGAUGUGGCGGAGCUGCAGGAAUGGUACAAGAAGUUUGUUGUGGAGUGCCCGAGUGGGACGUUGUUCAUGCACGAGUUCAAGAGUUUCUUUGGUGUCACCAACAACAAAGAGGCUGCAGAUUACAUAGAAAACAUGUUUCGGGCCUUCGACAAAAACGGCGACAACACCAUUGAUUUCCUGGAGUAUGUUGCAGCUUUGAAUUUAGUACUUCGGGGAAAACUGGAGCACAAACUUAAAUGGACAUUCAAAAUGUAUGAUAAAGAUGGGAGCGGGUGCAUCGACAAAACAGAGCUUCUUGAAAUUGUGGAGUCUAUUUAUCGGUUGAAGAAAGCCUGCCACGGAGAGCUGGAUGAAGAAUGUAAUCUGCUUACCCCAGACCAGGUGGUUGAUCGGAUAUUUGAGCUGGUUGAUGAAAACGGAGAUGGGGAACUGUCACUGGAUGAGUUUAUCGAUGGAGCGCGGAGAGACAAGUGGGUGAUGAAGAUGCUGCAGAUGGACGUCAACCCCGGGGACUGGAUCAAUGAGCGACGACGCAGCGCUGACUUCUAAUGCUGGAACAUGGAUAGUCAGUCUGAUCCAACCCUCCUGUGAAUGUACAUACAGUACAUGUAUAUAUAAUGUAAUCUAUGUUUAGAUGUUUAUGUAAAGCAACUUUGCUCACAAAAAUGCAGAAUUGAGCUCAAUCAACAACUGUAGUCUUGAGAACCACUGAUCAUGAUGAUGUAGAUGCUGUAUAUGCAACCAUGGGGCAUUUUCUCUUUUCCU